AUGUAUAGACAAAUACCUUUAUCUGUUGCGUUUAGUGGCCCUGACGUCAAAAUAAAGGGGAACAGAGUAACGUUUAAGUUUACAACAGACUGGAUUGUGAACAGAAAUGAAGAGAAGUACAUUGGCAUAACAAAUAUGUACAUUACGAGAGCAUUUAGGAAAGUUGACUUUAUACUUCAAGUCGAGAUAGAAAAUGACGAACAGUCUUUAAGCGCCCAAAACAUUCACAUAUACAAAUACUUUAAAGACGAUACAACAUUGUUGCAAUGUAUGAUUUCAUUUAAUGAGAUGUUCGAGAAAAAGUUCAACAUUGAAGUACAAACUUUACAGCCUU